GCAUGUGAAACCAACUCCGAAAUUUGCACUCCUUUUAUCAGUCCUGCAAACCCAAAAAAGUGAAAAACCUCAAUCUCUGCUAACGAGACCCAACAGCGACCCCAUGUUCGGUCUCAAACUGACCAUCGCAGCCUCCAUCUACGCCAGCCCAUGCAAAUGGGUCCGGACCAUAACCACCACUUCCCUCACCCACAUGAUUGCACCCCCGGUGCACGAUAGCCUUCCCCACUCUCACAAAGACCUUGGAUUUAGAGUUGUGCACCAUUGGUUUCCUCUCCUCCGGUGUUCCUCUUCCAGUUCCUCCGGAGAGAAAGGAGGGUUUCCCGUGUCCGGGUCUGGUCUUGUGGCCGAUAUGGACUCAGAUAACAAGCCGUCGCCGCCAAUGCAGCAGCCGCAGCAGCAACAGAAGCAGUCUUCUUCCAAGUUUCUCACUUUGCCAACUAUUUUAACGCUUGGUCGCGUCGCCGCCGUGCCGGUUCUCAUUACCACCUUUUAUGUCGAUAGUUGGUGGGGAAGGACAGCUACGACUAGCAUCUUUAUUGCUGCUGCUAUUACCGAUUGGCUUGAUGGGUACCUUGCUCGAAAGAUGAGGUUAGGCACUACAUUUGGUGCAUUUUUGGAUCCCGUAGCUGACAAGCUUAUGGUUGCAACCACAUUGGUCUUAUUAUGCACAAGGCCGUUAGAAGUCACAAUGUUUGGACAAGUGCCAUGGCUACUGGCUGUACCCUCAAUCGCCAUAAUUGGUAGGGAGAUAACAAUGUCUGCUGUCAGGGAAUGGGCUGCAUCUCAGAAUGCUAAGCUUCUAGAGGCUGUUGCUGUAAAUAACUUGGGGAAGUGGAAAACUGCAACACAGAUGGCUGCAUUGACCAUCCUCCUGGCUACAAGAGAGAGCAGUCUUGGGGGACCUGGGGUCUUAGCAGCUUCAGGUGUCAUUUUGCUUUAUAUGUCAGCAGGGCUUUCUGUAUGGUCUUUAGCUCUCUAUAUGGGGAAGAUAUCGAAAGUACUGCUGAAGUAAAUCUCAUUGGCCUGUUCAGCUUCUUUGCUUCUAGAUGCCAGUCACAUGAAUUUUGUCUACCGUGGGCCUGGUGCUUUUUGAUUCUCUAGGAACCAAAAUAUUCACACAUUGGUACAGGACCUCUCCUCAUCACUUCAAGUAGAUCAUGGGGAAGGCAGUUUGAUCCCUACUUUCCUAACUCCUGCAUUUCUAAAGCUCUAAGUUCAUUUAGUUACAUUGUUUAAGGGUCACCAUACCCUAAUAUCUCCGCAAUUUAGGGUCGAUCUAAUGUACAAGAAUGCUUAAGGUUUUAGAUCUUGAAACAAGAUUCUUUGGAGUAUGCUGGAUGUUUAAAGUAUGUUGAGCUCAAUAGAAGCAAUUUUAUUAUGUAAUUAAGUUGUUAUUGCAGCUUUCACCGUCGAAGAGAGAUUCUUUAUUAAUUUGGAUGCCUAAUAACUAGCCAAGCAUCUU